AUGGGCGAUGAUGGCAAGUAUGAGAUACUGCAAGAAGCCCACUCUAUUCCAUCCGCAUUGAAAUCCGGCACAGCCUCUGAGCUUUGGAUGUUUCUUGCUGCAUGUUUACGACAGUUCAUCGAAAAACACAACAUCUCGACAGAAGAGCUUCGCAAAACGGUGCUGGGUUUCACGUUCUCCUAUCCAGUUACUCAAAACUCCAUCACAAGCGGUAUUCUCCAGCGAUGGACUAAAGGGUUCGAUGUCUCCGAGGUGGAGAGGCACGAUGUAGUGGCAGACGUGCAAGAUGUCUUUUCUCGAGAGCUUGCUAAAGACGGCGUUGCGCAUGGCGGGUAUACGGCUAUUAAUUGUGAAUACGGGGCAUUCGAUAAUAACCGACUGGUCCUUCCGUUCACUGCUUAUGACGACCAGAUUGAUCGUGCUUCGCCUCGGCCAGGGCAGCAGCGUUACGAAAGAGAAGUGACAUUGCUUGACGAUCAGAACAUCUCCCGCUUGCAAGAACACAUCCUGGACUGCGUCUUUUUUGAGACGGUCGAGAACGACCCGAGUGAGAAUCUAGACCGGUGCAAAGGAAUCUUCAAAGAGCGACUCUCCCUACAUGUCCAGCUAGCCGCAUGGGAUUUCUGCAGACAUCUUGCACAGUUGGUUGGACAGCGGGCGGCUCGACUCUAUGCGUGCGGAAUCACGGCUGCCAUGAAAAAGGCAUCGCUGAAGGCGUGUCAUGUGGCCAUUGAUGGUUCGGUCUUUAACAAAUAUCCCCAAUGUCAAGACCGGGUCAUGGAGGCAUUGGAAGAUAUCCUUGAGUGGCGUCGCGGCAACACGCCAGCUGCACUACAUUAGCAUUCAUGUCGGAUUGUGC